GCAGCGGCGGCCGCAGCCUCGCUCUGGUUCCUGCGGAGCCGUGUGUCUCCUCGGCCGCCGCCGCGCCGCCAUAUUGUCUGUGUGAGGAGACGGGAGAGCGGCCCGCGCCGCCGCCGCCGCCGCCAAAGUUUGAAGAAAACACCUGAAACAAAGUCUAACCCAGCUGCCUCUCAACACGGUGACUGCCAGAUCUCCAAACAUCAAGUUUAGCUUUGUCCGCCAACCUGUCUGAUAUGUCGGGACCCGUGCCAAGCAGGGCCAGAGUUUACACAGAUGUUAAUACACACAGACCUCGAGAAUACUGGGAUUACGAGUCUCAUGUGGUGGAAUGGGGAAAUCAAGAUGACUACCAGCUGGUCCGAAAGUUAGGCCGGGGUAAAUACAGUGAAGUAUUUGAAGCCAUCAACAUUACAAAUAAUGAAAAAGUUGUUGUUAAAAUUCUCAAGCCAGUGAAAAAGAAGAAAAUCAAGCGUGAGAUAAAGAUCUUGGAAAAUUUGCGAGGUGGCCCCAACAUCAUUACAUUGGCAGACAUUGUAAAAGACCCUGUGUCACGAACCCCUGCCUUGGUUUUUGAACACGUAAACAACACAGACUUCAAGCAAUUGUACCAGACAUUAACAGACUACGAUAUUCGAUUUUAUAUGUAUGAGAUUCUGAAGGCCUUGGAUUAUUGUCACAGCAUGGGAAUUAUGCACAGAGAUGUGAAACCCCAUAAUGUAAUGAUUGAUCAUGAACACAGAAAGCUACGACUAAUAGACUGGGGUUUGGCUGAAUUUUACCAUCCUGGCCAAGAAUACAAUGUUCGUGUUGCUUCCCGAUACUUCAAAGGUCCUGAACUUCUUGUAGACUAUCAGAUGUAUGAUUAUAGUUUGGAUAUGUGGAGCUUGGGUUGUAUGCUGGCCAGUAUGAUCUUUCGGAAGGAGCCUUUUUUCCAUGGACAUGAUAAUUAUGAUCAGUUGGUGAGGAUAGCCAAAGUUCUGGGGACAGAAGAUUUAUAUGACUAUAUUGACAAAUACAACAUUGAAUUAGAUCCACGUUUCAAUGAUAUUUUGGGCAGGCACUCUCGUAAGCGAUGGGAGCGUUUUGUCCACAGUGAAAACCAGCAUCUUGUCAGCCCAGAGGCCUUGGAUUUCCUGGAUAAGCUGCUACGAUAUGACCAUCAGUCACGGCUCACUGCAAGAGAGGCCAUGGAGCACCCCUAUUUCUACACUGUCGUGAAGGAUCAGGCUCGAAUGGGUUCAUCUAGCAUGGCAGGGGGCAGUACACCAGUCAGCAGCGCCAAUAUGAUGUCAGGGAUUUCUUCAGUGCCAACCCCUUCACCCCUUGGACCUCUGGCAGGCUCACCAGUGAUUGCUGCUGCCAACCCCCUUGGGAUGCCUGUUCCAGCUGCCGCUGGCGCUCAGCAGUAAUGGCCCCUUCUUAUCUCCUGAUGCCUGAGCAGAGGUGGGAGGGAGUCCACUCUCUCCCUGAUGCAGCUUGCGCCUGGUGGAGAGGGGUGAAACACUUCAGAAGCACCGUGUCUGAACCGUUGCUUGUGGAUUUAUAGUAGUUCAGUCAUAAAAAAUUAUAAUAGGCUAAUUAUCUUUUUCCCCUUUUUUUUAAACUCAAACUUUUCAUAACUCAGGGGAAUUCCCUGAAAAAUUAACUUGCAAGUGGAAUAUUUCAUGAACAGUUAUUUUUUUUCCCUCCCUUUCUAAAUUGAGUUCCUUAUCACUAAAAACAAAGAUGAGGCAGCUUCAUUCCUGGCUGUGGUGUUUGGGUGGAGACUCUUUCCCAGGCCCACCAUUGCUCCCCCAUCCAUUCCACAUUCAGAGGGUUUGUUGCUCACGCUCUUCUCCAGAGAUGACAGAACUGGAGCUUCUCGAGAAAGGUGGGAGGGAGAAAAGAAGCAAGGACCCAAUCUCUCAGAGCAGUAAACUGUUAAUUACUUAUCACUGUACUCCAGAAGUGCUUCUGUGGGCUUACCCUGACAAACCUAGUGGGAAUCUGCGUUAGUUACAUUGCAGUGCUGAAAAGCUACCGAAAGGGGUUCUGGAAACGUGUUUAGGUAUGAAUCAUGUUUUAUUGACCUUAGCCCUUACUCCUACUACUCACUGUUGACUUUAGUUUCCAUUUAAAAGUUUGGAAUACUUUUCCUCCCAGGCUUCUUGCUGUGGUCUUCCCCCUCUGAUAUUUCAACAUGCUCUGUAGCUGAUGGGAGGAUGGAAAGAAAAAAAUCUUGUUUUUGACUUGGCCAUUUUGAAUUCAUUUAGUUACUAGGUAUAACUUAUUGCUUUUUCCAAAAGACACAAAUCUACUGUUUGUAAAGAAAGAUCUCAUUCUAGCAACUCUUCUAGGAGACCUAAUGGAGGUGUGGCCACCUUGAUUUCAUUUGCGCUUUCUGCAUAUUUUUCUUCCUGCCUUUCCCUUCCCUCACAUGCCAUUCAGUGAGAAGGCCUGCCCCCUCGGUCCAAUCAGUGUAUCUGAGAGGUGGAAGCAGAUCCACUAUCUCCAGUGAGUCUGAAAUGGUAGACCUGUAAUUGUGGGGAAAUGAUCAACUCUCUUGUUACAAUCCUGCCGCUCUUGCUGUGUGUAUAUAUAUAAUACUUUGUUCUUCAUAUGUGAAAGACCCAGUGUUGGAAUUCUUUGGUGUAAAUAAACGUUUGGUUUUAUUUAUCAAGGUUAGAUUUAAGUUCCCUCUGUAAAGGUCUCGCUGGGUGGGUUUCUCAUGUUCACAUCUGAGGGCCCUACAGCCCUGUACCGUGAGGCUUCCUAAGGCCCCAAUUUUUAUACACCCCCUCGUUCAACCCAUGGUACUUGGCAGGGUAGAGAGGCCUUAAAAGCACCACAAGCCAAAGCGUCUCUGGGGUUUAAGGAUCCUUUGCCAUAAAACUCAUUUUGUGUCUCAGCAGUGCAGGGAUUGGGGGGUGGGGAAAGUCGCCAGUUUUGUGUGUUUGUGUGUAUGUCAAGUGGUUUUCCACUGUAAUCUAACCACCUAAGUUUAUCAGGUGCUUCACUGAGGAAGCCUAGUUUUUUAAGCACAAUAGCAAAACCAUCAGCUCUGUAUUUUCUCCUGUUAUUUCAUUGCAGUAGCUGCUUAGGGGGACUAGAAAAAAAUUCUUCCAAUAUAUUUUGAAAUCUAACACCUUAGUUCCCCAUUCUAACUUUAUAGAUUCACCUGGCGUCAUAAAAAUAAUUGAGGAGUAGAACUUAAUGAUCUGUAACUUCGUAAUCUAUCUUGGCUUUGGUAAUAACUUGUAAGGUCAUGGCUUUCAUGAAUAUAAUGGCAAACUUACGAGGAAGCCUCCUUUAGGGAAAACACUCGGACUUUGUGGCAGAGUGAUUCUUUUUCUUUGUGGCCACUGCUAGUUGGUAUUUAUUAUUAUUAACCCUUUUAUGCUGUGAGGGUUAUGUUGAAUUUGUGCAAAAACUCAAAGCACCGACGUGCCAGAGGUGCAAUUUGUGAUUACAUUUGCACUGGACUGAUUUGAACAAGACACUUACAAUUAACUAAUUAUUUCUUUUAAGGUGGGGAGGAGGGUUUAACUUAACGCUUCCGAUCCCACCAUUGUAGCUCGGAGAAUCUAAGUGGAGCUGGACUGUUGUGGGGAAACACUGCAGACCUUGCAAGAAACUGCAGGUGAAUGCAGAGGACUCUGAAAUGUCACCCAAGAGCCUUUUAAAAUAAAUGGAAAAAUUUUAAAUGCUACUUAAGGAGUCACUGCAGAAGCAUGAUAAAGCAAAAAAUAAAAUAAAAUAAAAUAAAGGAAGAGGGUGGGGACAACCCAUGGGGGGCAAGGGUUUACAGAAUUAACAACUUCUGUGUUGUAAAUUACCUCAUCUGUAUACCUUGUAUCGGGACACUAUUUCUCAGCACUACUUGUGUCUGCAUUGAUUAGAUGUCAGGAAUGGGAAUUGUCACUACAAGACAGUUGUAUUGGCAACGACUCAAGAUUUUUAAAGUACUUUUUAACUUUGUUUUAAGUGGGGCACGUCACUUUUUCCCCCCCAAGUUUUAAGUCAGACAUCCUCCCUUCUCUCCACCCCACCUCCCUGAUUUAUUGGUUGUAAUUGUAUUGUAACUGGUAUAACUAAAACGUUUAACUGUGCUGGGAAGAAGUUGUGCCAUGAAGGUCUUUAAUUUUUUUUUAAUAAAAACAUUUAAACAAAUAAAA